UUGAAGCUUGCUGUAUAAAAACGGUGCCUGUGCCGCUGGAGAAGAUGAGCUUGGUCCUCCACCUAUACAGUUCAGCUCAAGCAUUCUAUGACUUUGAAUUUGAGAGUAAUGCUGCAACAAGCUCUCAAAGUGUCUGGAAGGAGUGCAUCUCCUCUCCUCAAAUGGAUGGAACGCUGCUUUGAGGGCAUCUCCGUCGGAUGCGCCAAGCAGAAUGAUCAUCUUCAACUGAGAACGCUGGAGGAGAUGCCUGGACCAUCAGUGUUCAGCUUCGCAUGGGAUCUUUUCGGCAAGCGGGGACUGUCUCGUCUCCACGAAUUACAGCUUGAUGGACGCAAGCGCUACGGUCCGAUGUGGAAGGCGAGCUUCGGUCCGAUCUUGACCGUGCACGUGGCGGAACCGGAGCUGAUUGAGCAGGUUCUGAGGCAGGAGGGCCAGCAUCCCAUGAGAUCGGACCUGUCCUCCUGGAAGGACUACCGGAACCUCCGGGGCCACGGCUAUGGGCUCCUGACUGCGGAGGGGGAAGAGUGGCAGUCUGUGCGUAGCCUCUUAGGGAAGCACAUGCUCCGGCCUAAAGCUGUGGAGACGUACGAUGGCACCUUGAAUGGCGUCGUCACGGACCUCGUCCACAAGCUUCACACACGCCGCCAACAGCACCCGCGAGGCGUCGUCAGUGACAUUUCGGCUGAAUUCUACCGCUUCGGUCUCGAGGGCAUUUCCUCUGUGCUAUUUAACUCCAGGUUGGGCUGCUUAGAGACUGUUGUCCCCAUGGAGACAGAACGCUUCAUCAAGUCCAUCAACACCAUGUUUGUGAUGACCCUGCUCACCAUGGCAAUGCCUAAAUGGAUGCACCAGCUUUUCCCCAAGCCGUGGGACACCUUCUGCCAGUGCUGGGACUACAUGUUUAAAUUUGCCAAAGGGCACAUUGACCAGCGGCUGAAGAAGGAGGCUGAGAAGGUGGCGCAGGGAGAGGAGAUCGAGGGGCGGUACCUCACCUACUUCCUGUCACGAGCCGGCAUGCCCAUGAAGUCGGUCUACAGCAACGUGACUGAGCUGCUGCUGGCUGGAGUGGACACGAUCUCCAGCACGUUGUCCUGGUCCCUUUACGAGCUGUCCCGCCACCCCGACGUGCAGGCCGCUCUGAGGGAGGAGGUCCGCUCCGUGCUGGGGGACAAACUCGUCCCUGGAGCUGCAGACGUGGCCCGCAUGCCUCUGAUGAAGGCGGUGGUGAAGGAGGUCCUGAGGCUUUAUCCUGUCAUUCCAGCUAAUGCAAGAGUUAUUACUGGCCGCGACAUUAAAGUUGGAGGCUACCUCAUCCCCAAAAAUACCUUGAUCACACUUUGCCAUUUUGCCACAUCGCGGGACCCUGCUCAGUUCCCAGACCCCGACUCCUUCGUGCCUCAGCGCUGGCUGACCAGAGACGAGGGGCAUCAUCCGUAUGCCUCUGUGCCCUUUGGGGUGGGCAAGCGCAGCUGCAUCGGCCGCCGCAUCGCAGAGCUCGAGUUGUAUCUGGCUAUUGCACGGAUUGUAACCCAUUUCGAUGUGAAGCCUGACCCAGAGGGCGGUGCUGUCCGACCCAUGACCCGAACACUGCUGGUACCGGAGAGCGAGAUCAACCUGCAGUUUGUGGAGCGCCGAGACCUGCCCGGCGCUCCCGGAACCGCCCAGAAGAGAGAACACUGCAUCCUUGCACAAAGCCCAGGGCCAGAGGGCACCACCAUGCCUCAGGUUGCCUGGUGCCAAGGUCUGCAGGGGAGAUGAGCCCUGGUAGACCUGUUACCAUAGCAACAUGAGCAGAGGGUUUGGGGGGUGCCCAUAGCAUGACAUUCCAGUUCCAGAAUGUGCUGCGACACUGUGAGAGAACCCCAGCACUGAGCCGCCUCUUCAGGCCGAGGAGCCAACGGACACAGUAGAGACAUCACAGCACGCGUGGCUCCCCACUUCCUGUUUUCCCUCUCGUGUGGAAGUUACUUCCUGUU